CUGCGCCGUUACCAUGGAGAUUGUUAACAGAACCUAAUACAAACCAACAUGUCUACCCUUUAAUAUCAUCGCUAAAACGCCAUUUGACGACAGUUUGGAUAGAUAAAUAUAGCUGUUAUCUCUCACAGGUGUGGAUCAGAUGGACUCGCAGUAUGUGAGCAGGACUCUGGGCCGCUGUCUCUCCGAAGGUCUCGCCGAGCUGAUCGAACUCAGACCGCUGGAUCCCAUCGAGUUCCUGUCGCUCUGGAUCCUCAAAUACAAACACAACCAGGAGCUCAAACUGGAGAAAGCCGCUCAUCAGAGACAGUUAGAGGAGGAGCAGCGGCGGCUCCAUGAGGAGACGCUCCAUCAGAAGAUCCUGCAGGAGGAGGAGAACCGGAUCAGAGCCGCACAUGAGCAGAUCCAGACAGUUCCUGAAUCAGCAGACGAGAGUAAACCUGCAGAUCUGAACCAGAGAGAAGAUGAGAGAGAGACUGCAGCAGAUCCUGCUGAUCACACAGAGUCAGAAGCAGUGAACGAGCUGAAUGAUCAGGUGGAGGAAACUAAUGAAGAUCAAACCUCUGAGAUCCUGAACCCAGAGGAGCCGCUCCCUCAGGAGGAUCACAGCGACACACAGAACCAGAGUAACGAAGCAGACACUCCUUCUGAAGAGAACCAACCUGGAGCAGAGAAAACUGAAGAUUCUGAUCAGAGACCGAUAAAAGAGGAAGACGAGGAAGAUGACGGAGCCGAAACCACAACAUGACGUGUUUCAUUAUUAAUCUCUGCUUUUGCUCCAUUUAAUCUCAUGCAUAUUGAUAUUAAAUGUUAUUUAUGAUAACUGAA